UGCGAUUGAGCCGUUUUUCGCGAGCAAUGCUCGGCGACAGCCGAGCUUGCUCGCGACACUUGGUCCAAUUUAAAAAAAAAAAAAAAUAAAUAAAAAAAAAAAAUUUUUAUAUAAAAUAUAAAUACUCCAAUUAAAGUUAUUACAUUUUCUUGUCGCGGCAAUAAGUUUAGCGACGUCAACGUGUCGCCGUCGCGAAAUUCGGCGCCAACCAUUCUUAUGGUGGCCGGUGUCGCCAAAAGCUGAUGUCCAAUCUUACGCGACGCGAAAUGCCUGUCGCGACAGUCAGCAUGAGGUAAUUUCGAAUAUAAAAGUUACCCAAUCCACCAUUUAUAACCCCCACAGGGGGUAUGUUUUAUUUCUUUUUCUGGUAUACAAGUACAAGAUACAAUAUCAGGCAAAAGCUUACGUGGGGAGUGAAGGCCCGUUAAAAGUGAGGAGAAACGCUAACCUUAGUUAACACCAAAUUUGAUUGGCGUUUAUCGUGGCGACUUCGAACCUUUGUUUUCACAUGUGUCAGUAAAAAUAAAUUAACAUAUAAACGUAUUGUGUAACGUUUUACAGUAUUUUUUUGUGUGUUCACAAACAUAAUGCGCUGUAACAGGCGUUAACAGCAAACAAAUUCAUUACUUAUGUUUAACUCAUUCCGGUUGCUUUUAUUAGGGAAGUUUUAUAUCCAACAAAACAAUUAUACUUCGUAGACUGGAGUCAUUGUUGGUUUGUUUUAUUUAACCGGUCCAAUGCAACAACUAUUCGAAUUAUUGACUGUGACACCAGACGAAUAUAAAAAUGGCAUUUAAUAUCUACAUUCGCGUUCAAAACAUUCUUUAACAUCACAGAAGUUGUUUUGACAGUAAAACUAAUCGCGCGGUAGCGAAAAACAUCUGGCGUGGGGAGUGAAGGCCCGCUAAAAGUGAGGAGAAACGCUAACCUUAAUUGCACCACAUUUGAUUGACGUUUAUCGUGGCGAUUCGAACCUUUUUCACUUGUGUCCGUGCAAAGCAAUAAGGCGAACAGUUAGAAUGCAGUGUCCGUUUAUGCUCACAUUAAUUGAGAGUUUUUGAAUACAACGGGCGCUUUCGUUGGUAGCGAAUGAAAAGAAAGUUCAGAAAAAUAAGUUCACGUUCAAUUGUUUCUGUGUUACGUCUCAUUUUGCAAAUUGUAUAUAAUCGCGUGUAUGAUGUUUUGGGAUUACUGGACCACCAAAAUAUUACAAAUUAAAUAUUCCGUUGGCGCCAAACGAAGGCAGGAAAAGAAGCAAUGAGCUGAAGACAGAUCGGAAUAUAGAGUCAGAUUUGUGAGAAGCAUAAAUUCCUAACGACAAUUUGAUGCAGCUGGGCUAUAGACAGAUAGUUCAUACCAGAAAAUGUAGCAAAGUAUAGCCAAAAUUUUUUUAAUGUCAAAAAUUUUCAACUUUAGAUACGGAUAAAUUAUUUACGAACUGCUACUUAUACUUUACGUUCUUCUUUAAAUCAUGCCUCCACCUGCUAAAAAACUUCGCCCUUCAAAGACAGUUGUGAAGUGCGGGAUAUGUUUUAAACCUGUCACAAGAGAAAAGUUAAGUGGGCAUUUCCAAUCGUACCAUAAAGGUAAAAUUCCAAUUGAACAAGGAAGCGCACAAUUAGAAAGUUUUUUUUCAAGACCAGUGCAGCAAAAAUCUGCAAGCGAAUCGGAAACUGACGUGCCGUCUACAUCAACGUUUGUACAGCAGCCUCCACAGAUCGCACCAGCUUCAAUUGAAUCGACGUCAGCACACACGUCUCAUUUACAAGAAAAAACCGCUGACCAAGAAAUAAACACGCGGUCGUUAUUGAUUCAUCUAAUGGAAAAAAUUGACGAUUUACGAAAGGAAAUCCAUCCAAAAACCGUUACUACCUUGCCAUCCUCGUCAGAGUUGGAUGUUUUUCGAUUAAUACAUAGCCAAUCGUUAGAAGAAGUAUUGAACGCAGCAGGGCGCCAUUUUUUCUAUGAACCCGAAGAGUUUUUCGUCAGGUGCACUGCUUGCUCAGCGGAAGGCCCGACUUCGAAAUUUUCUGUGCCUGAAAAUGUGCUCGAUUAUUCCGAUGCCAAUUACAUCGAAGAAAACCAGCCUAAAUGGUUUAGAAAUUUAAAGACACACAUGAAAGAGCAUGUGUUGAAAGAAAAACACCAACAAGCAUGCAAAAAGGUUGAAGCACUGGAAGCAAAGCAGAUUCUCACAGGGAAACGUUCGCAGAAAGUUGGUCAUUUGUUGUCGUCACUUGCAUACCAAGGGUUUCUCGAAGGAGAUACUUUCAGCUCAUUUGAAAGAAAAGUGACGGUCUUGCAGUGUGCCAAAGUUGACGUUGGUGAUGUAAACCACGGGAGAGAGUUUCCUACACGACUUUUGCCACAUGUCGUAACAGUGCUUCAGAGUCAGCUUAAGAAAUAUAUCGAGACGCCACUUCCGUGUACAGGACGACGAAUGCCAUUCUCAAUUGUUGCGGAUAAACUAACUCAUAAGCGAGUUACCAAACAAGUAACCGCCAUACGCAUUCCUAUUUUCUCCAACGGUUCUCUGUUCAAAACCGUUUAUCUGUCGUCGGCAGUGGUCAAAGCUUCAACCGGUGCAGCCCUAGCAGCUUAUCUUAUUGAAACACUGAAGAAAAUAGGUUUGCAAACCAGUCAGUUGCAAGAGGGUCUCAGUGGAAUGUGUUUUGAUGGGCAGUACAUUAUGUGCAACGUACCAAGACACAUCUGCGACACUUUGGAGUUGGGCGAUGAUAAGGCAUCAUCACUUUGUAAAAGUGCGGUUUGGGAUUAUGCCCACAGAUUAAAUCUGGCGGACAAAGAUGCGAGAAAGGAAAGAUGGGUUGCUUCAGCAAUAACAACCACCCAAAAUUUUAUGAAAGAGUUCACACACGGUCAAGCUUUUUUAUCUUUAAAAGCAAUUUCUGAAGAAUUGCAGAUACCAUUUUUGUUCCCGGUAUUGUUUUCAACGACGCGAUUCACGCAACACCAGCACAGGGUGUGGAGGGCAUUUUUAACAGACUAUCCUUCUAUAUUUAAAACUUAUCAAAAUGUUAUUGAAGAUGCUGAAAGAGUCGCUGUUGAAUCAUCAAAUAGUGAUGAUAGUGGAUCACCAACACCUUCAGCUCGACGCAAGCCAACGACCGCGGCAAUUGCCAAUGCCAAGCAGUCGUUGGCCAAACUCCAAAAGGCUUCAACCGUCUUAGAAAUUGCAGCACUGCUUGACAUAAGCGAAAUACUAAAAACAACUUCUUGUACGCUGCAAAGAGACGGACAACUACCGUGGAAAUGCCACAAAGCAAUAGUUGCUUUAUUUUCUACGCUGAGCGAUUACAGCGAAGCUUUAACAAAUGGUCAUAUUCCGGAGAAGUGUGUAACACUAAGGAAAAAAAUUGAGGAGUUGCGUCAAAGCGGAAAAUGUAGUGGUGUUCCAGUUCUUUUAAGUGGCCAUGACAGUCACGAAAGAAGGAAUAGAACCAUGCAUUCCGACUCUCAGAUUCCUUCCACCAUAAACGAGCAAGUAAAGAUCACUCUGCAUGACGUGGCAAGUUAUGUUACGCGACUGAAAAAAAAAUAGUGCCUUGAUUGUUUUGUUGAGUUGGAUAUAGUGAAUAUUACUGGCAACCCGUUCACUGCACAUAGUCUUAUUUUUCAAUUGUGAUUUCUUGAGGUUCAGUAUAGUUGAAAUGCUUCCUAUAAUUUUUUCUUGUUUGUACGGGGGACAUUAAAUUAUCAAAAGUGCUGCCCCAACUUUCACACUGUAGCUGAAACUAUUUUCCAUUGUUUUGUUGCAGUUAUCUUUAUGAAGCUGUUUUAAGUAAAGAUUGCCACAAGCAAAUCCAUUUGCACCAACUUCGUUUACAAUUGAAUUCACAGCAACCUAAAUCAAGAUAAAAAUGUGAUAACAAGCAAAAUAGAAUAUGCACAUAUCGCAUCUUACUUGUGUUAAAUUAUAAUUUUCCUUCAGUUUUAAAGUGAAGGUGGCCGCGGACCGUUCGUCGACGGAACUUGCUUGAUGAUUUUCGUGUUGAGACGAGGAAUGGUUUAAUUGGCAGGCGAGCGUUAAUUCGUCAUCGAUAGUGUUUCAUAAGAGUCAGAUUGGACUCUAUUUCGUACAGCGCAACAAACGGAAUUGAGAGUGUUGAACAAAGGAACUAA